UUGGCUUGCCAUGGAUUGGACAAGGCAGCCAGUUGUCUUCCACCUCUUACUGCUGUGCCGGCUGAUGCCGCUGCCCGCUGGAGAGAACAUCUUGGUGGAGGACGGCAGCCUCCACCGCCACCACUUGGGCCGGAGGAGUGUGCUGGACAUUGCCUUUGUCCUGUGGUGCUACCGCAACCGCUAUCAGUUCUCCAUCUACAACGUCAAUGGCUACGGCUGCUACUGCGGCAAGGGAGGCGACGGCGUGCCGCUGGAUGACUUUGACACCUGCUGCUUCCACCACGACUGCUGCUAUGAGGCCGCGCUCCUCACCUCCUGCGGCAAGGGCACCAACAUCUACCUGAAGCCCAGCUACGCCGUGUGCGAGGAGGGCAGGGCUGAGUGCCCGGAGGGCUUGCAGCCCUGCUCCAGCGACCUCUGCCUCUGCGACAAGCAGUUUGCCGAGUGCCUGGCCAUCGCCACAUACCAGGACCAGCACUCCAGCUAUCAGCAGAAGUUCUGCACGGAGCCCAAACGCAAAUGUCCUGCCGAGGAGAAGAUUGAGGUGGAUCUGGACACCAAGAGAUAG